CCUCAAAACAAUGUGGAAACAAAUAGGUGGCACUAUCGUGACCUGGAGGCCAUGGCGAAGGUCACUGGUGCUGAGGAAAUCUUCAUUGAUGCUGUGCUUGACAGUACAACACCUGGUGGGCCAAUAGGAGGGCAGACAAGAGUAACCUUGAGGAAUGAACACAUGCAAUAUGUCAUCACAUGGUAUGGAUUAUGUGCUGCUACCUCCUACAUGUGGUAUGCAAAAUUCAUUAAGCGCAUUGCUUUAUGA